UCCGAUUGAGAAAAUGUGCAACGAAUUACUUGUAUAUCAAGAAUCUCUUUAAAGAAAACUCAAAUUACUGAAAUCUUCCUGAUCGGUACGGUACAAUAUCACGAACACGGAUUUAUGUCAACAAUAUUGAGAUGCCAGAAAGUCAAACAAUUAGAAGCCUCAUACCAUUUAUGUCAGCAUUAUUUGAGCAUCCAAUGCCAUGCAUGCUGUACACGUCAACUUAGCUGAGAUAGGUGGGUGGGGAAAUUGUCAUGUCUUUGGCCACACGAGUCUCUUGCUUGUGCUUGUAAAGCUGUAAGCUUUUUCCUGAGGAAGAAACCAUUCGACAGCUAAGAACAGCUGUUUUCCGAACGUUAGUAGCAGCAGCAGGUUGCUACUUAUUGGAUCGAAACUACCCCAGUAAGAACUAGAAUCCAAGAAUUAGAAUGAUCCUUUCUUUCUCUGCAGAGAUUUGCUCUUCGGCAUGCUCUACACGUUGAUUGGAAACUCAUCAACGCCCUUUGCCAUUUGUCAAUGUGCAUGGUUCCCCUGGAAGCUUCAUAAUAGAACGUCCAGUUCCCAGGUUGCCAGCCAUUCUAGAGCAGCAGCAGCAGCAGCAGCAGCAGCAAACAGCUUCAUGGAUUCCUUGACCGAACUGGCGGCUGUCGGUGGAGAGAACCUUCCUGCAAAGUACAUCCAUCCCGAUGGGAUCAAUGGAGGGAAAGACCCUUUUCUUCUACCCUUCAUCGACAUUCCAGUGAUUGACGUGGGUCACUUCACAAAUCCUUCCACUGACACAGGAAAAGAACUUGAGAAACUCCGUGCAGCUCUGAGUUCAUACGGAUGUAUCUUGAUGGGUCACCCUUUGUUUCAGAUAAUAAACCAUGGAGUGGAAAGUUUGCUUCUUGACAAAGUUCGGACGGUGUUCAAGCAAUUCCUCGCACUACCGACAGAACAGAAGCUCGAAUGCUGGACAGAAGGGUUUCAAGGAUACGGGAGUGACCCAUUAGUCACAGAUGUAAUGGUGCAUGAUUGGUCCCACAGAUUGCGCCUUAUAACAUGCCCUGAAGAAAUGAGACAGAUGAAAUAUUGGCCUGAAAACCCAAAAAAUUUCAAGGAAGUUCUCCAUGAAUACAGCACCAAGUUGCAGGUGCUUCAUGAUGUCAUGCUGAAGGCCAUGGCAAAGUCAUUGAAGCUGGAUGAGAGCGUCUUUCUGCGGAUGAUUGGAGAACCGGUGAUCAUGUCUGCAAGAUUCAACUUCUACCCUCCAUGUCCGAGGCCAGAUCAAGUCCUUGGGCUCAAGCCACAUUCUGAUGGAACAGUGAUCACUUUUCUCCUGCAAGACAAAGAAGUGGAAGGCCUUCAAGUUCUGAAAGAUGGUCAAUGGUUUAGAGUUCCGGUGAUCCCGGAUGCUCUGGUCCUCAAUGCUGGCGAACACCUAGAGAUAAUGAGCAAUGGAGAGUUCAAGAGCCCGAUUCACAGAGCAGUAGUGAACUCUGAGAGGAAGAGGAUAUCCCUGGCUGCACCUUCUAUUCCUCACGAUGGUAAUGAAAUAGAACCAGUUGAAGGUUUGGUCAGUGAAGAAAGGCCUAGGCUAUUCAGGAAGAUGAAGUACAAUGGAAGAACUCACCUUCGCUACUAUCAGAGUGGAAGAAGAGUGGUCGAUGACGCGAGAAUUUAAGCUUCACUAACAAGCUAUGCCUCCUUGGUGUUGUAGGCUAAAUUUGCAAACAAUUGUACAACGUAGAAGUAACCAUCUUCCUGAAAUUUGAAAUCUUUUACUGAAGGCAAAGUCCAGGAGGUCUAUUUGCAGCUCGUUUUAACUGCCCAUCUAGUUGAUUUAACACAGACAGUAUGUCAACCGAGGAAUGGUGAGACUUAUCCGAUGCAGCAAACUGAUGAACUCUCUUCUCAACCUCAAUCCAACUGGACCCAGGAGAACACUUUUCAACUCCAAGUUCCUUCAUCUUCCACCUAAUGUUUGCAGCAUCACUCCACCGGUUAACCUGAGUGUGCAAGCUAACCAAAAGAGCAUAAUGGCCACUAUUCCCCGGUUCUAAUACCAUCAACUCCUCAACAGCAAUCUGUGCAAUCUCAAAGUUCCUGUGAAGCUUGCAUCCGCCAAGCAAUGCUCCCCAAAUAACAGCAUUUGGUUCCAAGUUCAUGGUUCUAAUAAGCCUGAGAGCUUCUUCGAGCAAACCGGCUUUGCUCAAUAGAUCAACCAUACAACCAUAAUGCUCUAGUUGUGGAGGGAAAUGAUAAUCACAAGUCAUGCUCUUGAACCACUUUCGGCCUUCUUCAACAAGCCCCGAGUGAGCACAAGCACUUAGGAUGCUGAUGAAAGUCACCCCAUUCGGUUUGAUUCUCUCCCUCUUCAUCUUGGAAAACAUUGCUAGAGCUUCUUCUGCGUAUCCAUGGACUGCGAGCCCUUCGAUGAUGGAGUUCCAGCAGAAGAGGUUUUUAUCUCUCAAUUUGUAAAACACCAAAAGAGACCGCUCUAGGGAUCCACAUUUUGCAUACAUAUCGAUAAGAGAAGAUCCGAUAUAGACAUCGAGUUCGAAUCCAUUCUGCAUCACAUAGUAAUGGAUUUCCUUGCCUAAGUCAAGGGCUCCGAGAUGGGCGCAUGCUGAAAUCACACUUGCCAAGGUCACUUCAUCAGGAGGAAUCUCAUUCUUGGUCAUCUCAUUGAAGACUCCUAAUGCUUCUCUGAAUUUCUUGUUCUGGGAAUAGCAGUUGAUCAUCGUAGUCCAUGAAAUAACAUCUUUAGCAUGCAUUUGAUUGAAUAGCAAUUCAGCCGAUACUACAUCCCCCAAUCUUGCAUAUCCGCCCAACAAUGUGUUCCAAGUAGCAACAUUCCUUCCAGGCAUCAAGUCAAACAACCUCCUUGCGGAACUCAAAUCCCCUGCACGAGCAAGACAAGAAACCAUCGUGGUCCACGCGAAGACAUCUCUCUCAGGCAUUUCAUCAAACACCUUGACGGACGCACCAAUUCUGUCCAAAUCAAAGUAAAACUCUAUCAACGUCGUGCAGACAAACACGCUCGAAGCAAGCCCAUGUCUCCAAAUCUGCCCAUGAACUGAUUCCCCAACCCUCCCACCAUCGCCGCCAACAAAGCUGCAGGCUUUAACCAGAGACGAAAAGGUAUAACUCGUCGGCGACAACUGAGCUCUCAUCAGCUGAAUAUAGCACUCGAGAGCCUCAACGGGUCGACGAUUCUCGACGAAUCCUUUUAGCAUCGCGUUGUAAACAAAAACAUUCGGAUUCUCCAUCUGGGCAGCCGCGGAAACGGCCUGUUCCGUCGCGCCAACGGAAGAACAAGCCGUGAUGAAUUGGUUCAUUAGAAAGCAAUCUUGGGUUGCUGCUACUUUGAUCAUAUUGCCUAGUGCCGAAUCCAAAUCUCUGAUCUUGGAGCAUUGCUUCAAGUGAGUAACUAUCAAAUUGGCUCGAGAAAGCAUAAUAAUAAUUGUAGGCGGGAAACAGGGAGGCUCUGAGAAAUUAAGACAUACACAUCAAACUCGAUGCACAGCAGGCUUCAUAUAUAAAUUCAGGACCAACCAAGCGGCAGAAUAACAUAGAGUUGGAUCCUUCCUAGAACAAUUUCAGUAAUUUUAUGCGGGUCGAAUCUGUAAUUACCUCUGCAAUUAAACAAAAAGAAAUUUAUUGGAGUGAGAGUCU